GCUUCUUUAACUGGGCAAAGUACAAAAUCAGCAGCAUACUUACGUUAAAGUUAAAAGACAGCUUCUUCAAUCUGUUUAUACACCUUGAUUAGAUAUUGUUGACUUCCAUGUGAUUUUCAAUUCUUGUUAAAUGUAUAAAUAAAAUUAUCAGUGAAAAUAUUGUUUGAUGCAUUAUUGUUAUUUAUAAUUUCUUUCAAAAAAAAAAACUUUACAAUAAAACACCUAUAAUUUUCGGAGUAAAAUUGUUGAUUUAUCAUAAAUAUAUGUAAUUAUUUGUUGAAUAUAUUAUCUACAAUGAAUUGUAUUAAAUAGAAAGUAUAGUUGUAUUAAUGGCAAAGUAAAACUAGUUCAGUGUUAACCAGUCAAUGUGAUCAGCUGUCAUGAUACUAAUUUGAUAUCAACAACAAACUUAUAAAUUAUUUUUCGUUGUUCUUUUAUACAGCAACAAACACUGAAUUUAUUUCAUUAUUUUUAUUUAAAAUUUCACUGACGACUCUAAAUAUGAAUUUUUUAUGUGAAAAUGUCAAAUUUUUACCAAAAAGAAAGCUAACAAGAAAUGUUAAAAUAUUGGAGCCUAUAUUUUUUUAUACUAUUCCUCAUCGUCAGAGAGCAUCUAUGAAUGAUGUCAUUGAUAAGGAUGAAUAUGAAUAUAUACAACGUAGCAAAGUGCCAACUAUGCAUUUUCAGAAAUCACUGCCAAGAUUACCAAUACCUAAAUUAGAGGAAUCUUGUAAAAGAUACUUAAGAGCUUUGCAGCCAAUUCUAACAGAAUCAGAAUGGCAACAAUCAUCAGCUAAUGUAGCUGAAUUUUUAAAAAAAGAUGGCCCCUAUUUGCAUCAGAAAAUUAUAGAAAAAGACACACGUAAUAAACAUACAAGUUACAUUUGCGAACCUUGGUUUGAUAUGUACUUGAGAGAUCGAAAGCCUUUGCCAAUUAAUUACAAUCCAACAUUAGUUUUUGUUCAGGAAUCUAAUGAACAAUAUAAUAAGCCUUUAAUUAAAGGCACCAACUUGCUUAUUUCAUCUGCAAGGUUUAUCAAAUCUUUGAGAAAGGGAAUUCUCGCGCCAGAAGUUUUUCAUAUAGAUCCAAAGAAAUCAGAUACACCUUUUUUUUGGAAAUUUACUGGAUUAUUACCAUCAGCAAUCGCUACCUAUGGAGCUUAUCUAUUUAAUGCAUUUCCGUUGGAUAUGUCCCAGUAUUUGAGUCUCUUCGGCACAACAAGAGUUCCAGCGUUGGGUAAAGACAUUAUAACUCAUGAAAAAUCAUCCCGACAUAUUGUAGUAAUGCGGAAAGGUCAUUUCUACUCGAUGGAUUUAUUGAAUACUGAUGGCCAGAUUCGGAGACCCAUAGAAAUCGCGUCUUGCCUAAACACAAUAAUGAAAGAUACUAGAGAACCUAAUCAAUGUCCUUUAGGUGUAUUAACAACAGCUGAUCGAGAUGAUUGGAGCAAAAUCCGUCAACAUUUAGUGGCAAUAGGAAACGAAAAUAUACUGAAAAAAAUUGAUUCUGCUUUAUUUGUUUUUAUAUUAGAUGAUGAAGAUAAGGUAGAAACAGAUUAUAAUAAAUUGAUUAGAUUAUUCUUACAUGGAGAUGGAACUAACAGAUGGUUUGAUAAAUCUUUUUCGUUGAUAAUGGCAAAUGAUGGAACAGCUGGAAUUAACUUCGAGCACUCCUGGGGAGAUGGUGUGGCUGUAUUAAGAUAUUUCAAGGAUCUGAAACACGAUAUUACAGAUAAACCAAAGUUUCAUCCGGAAAAUGAAUCGGACGUAUCAAAUAACCCUUCUUCAGUUGAACGACUUGAAUUCACUGUUGAUGAUGAGAUAAAGGAAGCAGUAAAUAAAAUUUUCACUGAUUACAAAACAUGGACAUUAGAAAGAUUAACAGUAGAUUAUCUGAUAUGUGAUGAAUUUGGUAAAGAAGAAUGUAAAAAAUUUGGUGUUAGUCCUGACGCUGUAAUGCAAUUGGCAUUUCAAUUAGCAUUAUUUAAAAAAGAAGCACGAUCAGUUGCUACUUAUGAAUCGUGUAGUACAGCAGCGUUUAAACAUGGUCGUACAGAAACUGUCAGAUCGUGUACGAAUGAAACAAAAGCAUUAUGUUCUGCAAUUCUAGCUAGAGGAGGUGCAAAAGUUAAUGAUGAUAAGCUGAAGAAAUUGAUCCUUGAAUGUAGUAAAGCUCAUUUAACUUUAAUUAAGGAAGCUGCAAUGGGCCAAGGCUUCGAUAGACAUUUAUUUGCUUUAAAAAAUCUGUGGGAAACGUCUGAAAAACGAGAUAAAAUGCCAGCAAUAUUUCAGGAUCCUGCGUAUGCAAAAAUAAAUCAUAAUAUUCUGUCCACUUCUACCUUAUCAAGUCCUGAAGUAAUGGCUGGUGGAUUCGGACCAGUUGUAGAUGAUGGAUAUGGAAUUGCAUAUAUGAUUCAAGAUCAUAAAUUAGGCUCAGUAGUAACAAGCUAUCGACAACAUCGAGAUGCAACAGAAUACGUUUCAUUCCUGAAAUCAGCAUUUGAAGAUAUUCGCAGAAUUUUAAAAAGUAAAUGAAUCUUUUUACUUUGAAAUAUCAGUGCUUCCUACCAA